GGCAGGGAAAGGGACUAUUUUCAGUCUAGAAAAUGCUCAUCCCUCCACAGAACAUUUCAGCUGUGAUGGAAGAGAUUGUGCUACUCUGGAUGGUGAUGUGGCAGCGGCCAUCCUGAAUGGAUCUAAUCUAGGGAGAGGGGAGCUCAAUGUACAACUUCCCAUCGAAACCCACUCUGCCUGUCUUAAUCUGGACAUCUCUGGCUGAGGACGAGACCGGUAGUAACAGAUGAUCUAGUCAGUGACAAUAGUGCAGUAUCCAGAAUGGAUGUCCUCUUCAUAGCCGUCCUUGCUGUACCACUUAUCUUCGGACAAAAAUAUGAGGCUGAAGAAGGACUGGAAGAGGAAGAUUAUUAUCAGGUGAUCUAUUAUUAUACAGUCACCCCCAAUUAUGAUGAGUUUGGUGAAAGUUUCACUCUUGAUUACUCCAUGUUUGACUCAGAGGACAGGCUGAACAGGAUGGAUAAGGAGUUAACAAAAGCAGAAGAGACUACCGUCAGUCAUGAAACAGAACGUGCAGACCAUGAGAAGCCUGUAACAGUGAAACCAGUGAAACCAGUGAAACCAGUGACAGUGGAAACACAGAGUCCAGAUAUGAAUGAUGCUGGAUCCAGUCUGCAGAGUCCUGUUCCCCUUCUCCUGUCCUGGGCCCUGGUUCAGGGGUGGAUGUAUUUCAUGUAGAAGGAGAAAGAAGGCUGCAAUGACUCUUUGGUUGGGGAUUUGGAAAGAGGAAAGUGGAAGAUAAAAUAAAUAAAUGAAACAAUCUGGUUA